GUACGCAGAUUAUGGAUACACUUCAGGAAUAUAUAUUUAGCAUCUUAAACUUUCGAGCAAAUAUCACCCCAUGUUCACCCCAAGAUAUCAAAUGGAUUUGUAUAGAGCAUGUUUUACAAACUAAAUAUGGUCAAGAUAUCAUUGUAUAUACAAUAUUUCAUAGCGUGGCUAGAAGACUUGGUCUACGUUGCGAUGUACUACGAGUUUCUAAUCAAUUCUGUGUAUUUUGGAAACCAAAAUACGUCACGAAUAAUUUAGAAAAUACACGAUGUUUUUAUAUAAAAGAUUAUCCGAACAAUUACCCGAAUUGUCUUCAUGAUUCUCUACCAUAUUACAAGCGUAUUGAAACACAUCGUGACGUCACCAAAAUAGGAACUGAAAAGCAAGCAUGGAUACCCUAUUCCGAGAAUUGCAAUAAUGACGUUAGAUGUUGGAUUGACCUUAACAAAAAAUAUUCCAAAUACAAUAGCUAGGACAAUAUCUUAUUUCUUUGACAAUCCAAUGAUCGACUCAAAAACAUACAUAAAUUGUGAGGCACAAAUAAAACACGUUAAUAAAUUAUUAAACAGAUCGGUAGAAGGAUUAAUUAAUGAGCGCAUAUAACAUUACCUGAUGACAAACAAGAUUUUAUAUUGAUGACCUCUAUCAGUGACAAAUUCAAUUAUGACGAACCAGCUGCCGCACAGGCAAAUCGAUCUGUUAGCUGUAAGUAUCACAUAUAUCU